CUGUAUUUCUAAGAAUUUUUUUUCCCGUUUCGAUUUCGAUUUAAUUAAAAAACAACUGCAAGACAAGGAGAAAGUGUUCCAAUUAUUACAAGAAGAAAUCUACAUGUAUUAUUGAGCUGCAGGUUCAAAAUCUGAAAACCAUUAGACCAUGGCAUUAGAAGAGGUCAAGAGCAUGCUGAGAGCAGUUCUUAUGAGUUGUAAAGAGGGCGUACCCGCCCACAUAUUACAAAGAGACUACCGUGAAAUCACACAGGAACCUCUGCCCUUUAAGAAGCUUGGGUUUUCUAAUUUGGAUGAUUUUAUCAACAGUAUACCAGAUGUCGUCAGAGUCAGAAAGAAUAAGCAGGGAGAGAUUGUCUAUCAUGCUGUUGCUAACGAGGAGACAGCACACAUACAAUCUAUGGUGGCCAAACAAAGAAGUACAAAGAAAAACAAAAAACUCAAGCCUGCAGUCAGAAGACCAAUGAGAAGAUCUGAGCCAUUUAAAUCUUUCUCCCAGGGGGGAGUUGUAAGACUCCCACCCAAAGGAAAACCCCCACCCUGGGGACAGAGACCCACCCUAGGGCCAGCCAAUCGUACUCCUUACAGAGGAAGGCCUCCAUUACUAGGCAAAUCACCACUCAAUAUACAGAUUAACUCUGGUGAUGGCAACAGACGUCAAGUAACUGUAAACAGAGCAUUUAACGCUGCAAUGGUUGCCGCGACAACAGAACCACAUGUGCCAGAUACUGGUUUUGGCCACAGAUUUGAGAUACCUCCAAGGUUCGCCAGAAAAUUUCAAAAUGGGAAAGAAAAUAUUCCGUCAGAAAACAUGAACACUAAUAAACAAAAACCAGAAAAUACCAGUAUACAAAAACCAGUGUCCAAGCCCCCAUUGAGGCAGAACAAACUUAAUUUUGUUAAAGUUCCUGAUGGAGAGAGAUAUCUCCAAACUCUAGAAACCUACGCCAGAGCCAACAAUAUCAGACUGGUGUUUGACAGUAUCAUGACGAAGGUGACAAAUAACCCAGGUUAUGUCGGCUCCGUCAAAUUUAACGGCAAAACCUACGGAAGUGGAGAUGUGUAUGGUAGUGAGGAUGAUUCUAAGUAUGCCGCGGCUCGUACCGCAGUCCAGAGUCUCGGACUUCUCUCUUCAUCAGCAGAGAACAGCUCACGUACACAAAGUCCAUUAACAUCAGAAGCGGAGGUCAAGGAGCGAGUCAGAGAGGUGAGUAUAGGACUUAGAGAUAUGGUAGCCAUUGGAUUAUUCUGUUUGGCCAUUUACUUUCCUGGUCAGAUUAGGAUUUAA